AUGCAGCUCACCUUGGUCGUCACCGUCUCCGCCCUUGCCCUCGGCGUCGCCGCCAGCGGCACCCCCUGCCCCUGCAGCGAGCCGCGCUGCGGCAACCUCCCCAGGUGCCGCGGCUGGAAGCGCUGGAUCCGCGGGGCCGAUGCCCUGGACGCCAGCGGGGCCGUCAUCGAGCGCGAGCCCGUCCUCGUCGUCGCCGAGAGCUCCUAAGCGGGAAGGCGGGUUGUUUUAAACCACCGUGGCUAGUAUAGCAGGGUGUGGUAACGCUCCACAGGGAUGGCUAUUGUCAAGAGAAGCAGGGGACUUUUGGCUACCAACUUGCCAUGCUUCACAUCAGCCCAUGGUGAAGAAGUACAUGGAGCCAAUACAGCACAUAGCUUGAAACAACACUACUUAGC